AUGUCCGCAGCACUGCGAGACUCACUGGACGUAAAUCAAAAGCCCGCGUUUGACGAGAGCAUUACGAAACGUCAGUAUCACAGUUAUCAGCCUUAUUCUAACGUAGCUUUGGGCAAUAACGACGAAAUUCGAAUCGCAAUUAAUCAACAGGAUUUAUACACUUUCCCGGCCGAAUCAUAUUUAUACAUGCAAGGGACUAUCAAUAAACCGGCCACCGUAACGGAAGAAGUACUUUUUGUCAACAACGGCGCUAUGUUUCUUUUUGACGAAAUCCGCUACGAAUUAAACUCUAUUGAAAUAGAUAAAAUUAGAAACCCGGGCACCACGACUACGAUUAAAGGAUAUAUUUCAAUCCCGCACGGUUCAGUGCACCGUUAUCAAAACGCCGGUUGGGAUAGCGAUGGCAAUAAAACCGGUACCUUUGAACUUUGCAUACCCUUGAGUCAUAUUUUCGGGUUCGCCGAAGACCAUAGAAAAUUGAUUAUUAACGCCCGGCAAGACCUAAUUUUGCAUCGAGCCGCGUCGGAUGUAAACGCGCUGAAAACGGCAAAGGACGGGUGUACUGUUACACUGAAUAAACUACUGUGGAGAGUGCCACACGUGCACGUUAGCGAUGCCGUGCGGCUGAAGCUAUUGAAAACCUUGGACUCCCGCCGAUCGCUUUCGAUCGGCUUCCGCAGUUGGGAAUGUUUUGAAUAUCCGCAUCUGCCGAGGACGACUAAAGUUUCUUGGGCCGUUAAAACCUCAUCGCAUACCGAAAAACCUCGGUACGUCGUGAUAGCUUUUCAGACUAAACGGAAAAAUAAUAUCACUGCGGAUAUGAGCAAGUUUGACCAUUGUUCGAUAACCUCACUGAAAGUUUUUCUAAACAGCGACACGUAUCCGUAUGACCCCCUAUCUAUCGACUUUUCUACUGAUAAAUACUCAGUUUUAUACGACAUGUACGCUGCUUUUCAAGAAUCAUAUUACUCGGGUGACAGAUCUGAAAAUUCGCCUUUGCUGUCAAAGGCAUUGUUCAAGUCAGAAGCACCCAUUUUCCUAUUUGACGUUAAAUUAGCACAAGAGGCAGUGAAAACUACGACGUCAGAUUUACGUUUGGAGAUUGAAUCGAGUAUAAAUAUACCGGAAUCAACAUCAGCUUUUUGCCUCGUGUUACACGACAAAAUGUUUGAGUAUAAUCCGUUAAGCGGCCAAGUUAAUAAACUCCUAUAG